UGCCCGGAGGUCCGGAGCCGGGCAGCGCCAGCCGGGGAUGCGGGCCCGCCGCGCUCCGCUCCGCUCCGCCGCCACCGCACACUGCUCCGAAACUUCCGUGGGACGAGGCGGGCACGGCCGCGGGACGGGCCGGCUGUCCGGGCCCGAGCAGCGCCGGCGCGGUGGGCCGCCGGAAGUUCAUGAAGGGGAUCAUGGUCUUAUUAGCCAACUACUUGCUGAUUCAGAGGAGACUCCUAGUUCGUGCACAGAGAAAAUGCAGGGUCCUGCUCAAUAUAGCUGGAGUGCUGACUGGAGCUUUUGGCUCUCAAGUUCCACUUACAAAUAUAGGAGUGAGGAAUUCAAGAGACAGUUUUCUCAUCUGCCAGAUUCCGAGAGACUCAUAGUAGAUUAUGCGUGUGCACUCCAGAAGGAUAUCCUGCUGCAAGGACGUUUGUAUCUCUCUGAAAACUGGCUCUGUUUCCACAGCAACAUUUUCCGAUGGGAGACCACAAUUUCUAUUGCCUUGAAGGAUAUCACUUUCAUGACAAAGGAGAAGACUGCUCGGCUCAUUCCAAAUGCCAUACAAAUAGCAACAAAAGGAGAGAAGUUUUUCUUCACAUCGUUCAGUGCAAGAGACAGAAGCUACCUCAGUAUCUUUCGCUUAUGGCAGAAUGUGUUGCUAGAUAAGAGGCUGACCAAGCAGGAAUUCUGGCAGCUGGUGCACCAGAGCUAUGGCUCUGAGCUGGGCCUGAACAGUGAGGAGAUGGAGAGCUUCCACUCAUCGUCUGAGGACAACGGGCAGUCUCGAUCCAGCAUUUGUGAAGAUUCUGGAGAAAGGGAUGAAAAACUGCCUAAAAUGAUUGGUUUAGUUCGGGAACCCACGCUUCAAACAGAAGGAGAGUCACUCAAUAGACACGCCUUGCCAGGAGUGGAAGAGUCCCCAAGUGAGAAGCAGGUAAAGAAGAGCCCUCUUCCAUCUUCAGAAAGAAAAUCUGUUAAGCUGGUCAGGAGCAGGUCUUUAGAAAAGUCCUUGGACCUGAAUGAGAAUGAAGAUCCUCCAGAGAAAAGCAGUGCCUCAGACAGUGAAGAAGGGAAAUGGGGGAGUGGUGUUGAAAAUCAAUUCUGGACUUUGUUUCUGAAGACAACCUACCUACCAAACAUGUGCUGCUGUCAUUACUGGUUUUUUGAGAUGAAGGAGGCUGUCUCUGAGAAUGAUCUCUAUGGGAGACUUUUUAUAAACAGAGUUUUCCAUAUCCCUGCAGACAAGAUGUUUGAAAUCCUUUUCACCAAUUCUCACUUCAUGCAGAGGUUUCUCAAUUCCAGGAGUAUAGUAGAUGCAGUAUCAACCCCUUGGAAUAGAGAUUCCAAUGGCAAUCAGUUGAGGACUUUGACGUACACUGUAACGAUUAACAAUCCACUUUGUGGGAAGUUCACAACUGCAACUGAAAAGCAGAUCCUGCAUAAGCAAAGCCAGAAAGGUCAGUCUUACCAGGUGGAUGCGGAGGUGCUGACCCAUGAUGUCCCUUACCAUGAUUAUUUCUACACUGUGAAUAGAUAUUGCAUCAGCCGCACAUCCAACCACAAGUGUCGAUUACGGGUUUCUGCAGAAGUGAAGUACAAAAAACAGCCUUGGGGCCUUGUCAAGUCUGUAAUUGAGAAGAAUACCUGGGGAGGUAUACAGGAAAACUUCAAACAACUUGAAUCAGAUCUCCUGAUGGAGGAAUAUGCAAUUAAUCAGUCCAUAGAAGACACUGGAAAAUUGGUUGCCCUGAGGCGAAGACGACGCACUUUACACCGGAGUCUGGCAGAAUCACUUCCCAAACGCUCUUCCCAGCACUCUUCUGGUGACAUGGGAGUACAGUCCCAGAGCAGCAUAGUAGGAAGGAAAAGAGAUGCUGUAAGUAGGACCACCACCAUCAUUGUAGUAAUGAGUGUCUUCUUGCUGCUCUUGGUCUUGCUGAAUAUAACACUGUUUCUAAAACUGUCAAAGAUAGAGCAUGCAGCUCAGUCCCUCUACCAUGUCCAGCUUCAGGAAGAAAGCUCUUUGAACAUAUCGCCAGAAAUGGUAUCAAAAGAGGAGAUCCCUCAGUAUGAUAAGGAACAAGUUAAACACAUGAAAGGAGUUUUAAGAGACUCAAUUGAAAUGCUUGAGCAGCUAAAGAGCUCCCUUUCCGUGCUCCAAAGAAGCUUUGACCACUUGAACAGGACACAGAGUGGCAAGACUGAGAGUUAAUACCCACAUCAGAUUUCCAUUCAGGAAGUCGGAAGAACAGAUAUGUGUGUGUGUGUGUGUGUGUGUAUGUGUGAGGACUUAUGGGGUAGGGAUUGCAAAUGUCACCUUUGGACUCUUUAUUAUUUGGCUGAAAAG